GACUGAUCUGACCUCAGACACACAACAACAUCUGAUCACGAUUUAGCUAAAAUAAUCUCCAAAUUUGCUUCGUGGUUAUGCUACAUCCCAUUAAUCGAGGAUAAGCAGGUACCUAGUUACCUUUCCAUAAACCACAUAAUCAAUAUAUAUACAGUACACGAGGAUGUCAACGGCAACGCCACAUUUUAAAGUCCUUAUAGCUGGUGGUGGUGUUUCCGGGCUCACCUUGGCGCUUGCUCUUGAACGCGCUGGUAUCGACUACGAGGUAUUCGAGAAAGGUGACAUCGAUACUGAUCUCGGUGCAUCGAUCGCCAUCCAUGGACCUACUGUUCGAAUCCUGGAUCAGCUCGGUGUCUGGGCAGAUAUCGAGCCACUCGUGACUGAUAUGGAGAGGUGUUAUCGAGUUGAUGGUAAAACUGGACAUGUGAUUCUUGACUCUGAUUUUCAUCGAGUGCUACAGGAUGAAUACAGGUUCCAUUGGCCCAUCGUAUUCCUCGAACGGAGAAUACUUCUCAAGGCCAUCUACAAUCGCAUCCAGAAUCAGUCAAAAAUCCAUAGCCACGCAGCCGUGAUUAAAUACGACCAAGAUGCCGACGGCGUUGUUGUAACCACCAGCGCGGGUGUAUCCUGUCGGGGAGAUAUUCUCGUCGGAGCAGACGGUAUACAUAGUCACAUCAGAACACUGAUGUCUAAGCAUACUAGAGAAACCAAGGAGCCUCUCAGCAGGGAAACCAAUAAUACUUUCGUGACUGAGUUUCAAAUCAUCUUCGGUGUCUCCCAUCACGAACCCACCGCAUCUUGGUUGGCAGAUGGACAUACUGUCUAUCUGACCCACGGCGACAAUCACUCAGCAAUCGUCAUCAAGACAAGACCAGAUCGUGUAUUCUGGUUCUUAAUCAAUAAGAUCAAACGGACAGAAUAUGACUAUGUCCACCGCCUUCACUAUACCCAGGAGGAUGCCCAAGCACUCAUUGAUGAGCGCGGUGGACUCUUAAUUGUGCCAGGACACCCUAUCCGGGAGUUGUGGGACUCUCGAAUUAAGGCGACUCUAGUCCCGAUGGAAGAUGGUAUUGUCAAGAAAUGGAACGAUGGGAGAGUCCUCUUAAUCGGUGAUUCUGUACAUAAGUUCACUGUAAAUGCCGGUCUUGGAGGUAACAUGGCCUUCGAAGCCGUUGCACAUUUGACAAACCGACUUGUUUCAUUGCUGAAACAAAACCCUCGCCCAACAUCACAAGAUCUGACUUCGCUCUUCGAAGAAUUCGAAAGCGCUCAUCGACCGCGCACAGAAAUUGCCCGGAACAUGUCGAUCUACACCACACGCCUUGAAAGUCAAGCUAGUUGGUUCCUGAAGUUCUAUGCUCGAUACAUCAUGCCGCGGAAUUCGGCCAAACAGCUCAGUCAACCAAUAUUGGAAUGGGCCCUCGCUGCUCCGUGGUUGGAGUUCGUGCCGUUGCCAGAUAGGGAUGCUGAUUUUCUGGCGAAGAAGGAAGAGCAUGAGAAGGCUCAGAAAGAUCGUGCGUACUCUGCAAUUACGUGGUCUACUGUGGGUACCGGUCUGGUGUUAACUACCGCUGCGGUUAUCUGGGGGUUGCGUCUAAGACGGGCUUGAGUUUUUAGAUGAGGUUUUUUCUAACAAAUAUCGAAUCGAUAUGCCAAUGUUUGACAGCUAUUAAGUGAUCGAAAAGACCAGUUAGAUUGACACAGGACUGAAAUCAUGUAGGACUGGCUCUCUCGUGUCUUGCUAUGUAGAACAAUAUCUCUUAGUCAAUGACAGACAGGAUCAUCCAGGAGAUUGAUCACAA